AUGAUCUAUCCACAUCUCAAACCAAUUAUCCAUCUUUUCUCCUAUCUUAUUGCUGCAAUAACUAAAAGUAUCUGGAAAGUUGCUAUACACAAAGUCUCAUAUAAAAUAAAUCUAUUCAUUCCUGUGUUACCAGUUCCCAAAUUUGAACUCUUAUACUAAGAAAAUAAAUUAGAUCAAGAAAUAGUUACCAAAGAAGAGUAAAAAGAUAUAUAGCCAGUAAAAAAGCCACAAGAAUCACUCAAAGGAAGUUUGAUUAACACUAAAGAGCAAUUAUUAGCAGAUGCAAAAGAAGAAGGUAUAGUGUAAAAAGUAUAUGAAUGGGCUGUUGGACUAAUGAUGAAGGAAAAAGAGAGAUUAAAGUCAUUAGGAGUGGAACCAAUAGAUUUGGAAAUUAUUGAUAUGUCAUUGCUUGUUGAGGGGAAAAAGAAGCAGAUAAAUAGAGUGAUAUUUAAUUCUGAAUUUGAUUUUAAAAAGGUCACUAACAUUCUCAUUUCAUAGAGUGUACCUUGUGAUUUAAGGCCAGGCUAUUAGUAUGUCAAUGUAAUUCUAUAUGCUACAUCUGUUAGUUAGAUUCCACUUAUUUUCCCUUAUGUUUACAAGACUAGAAUAAGAAACUAAUAUGGAAAGAAUAAUCUCAAACACUGGGUCUUAAUUAAUAAAAAGUUUGAAGAAGCCUCUCAUCUAGUGAAUAAUUAUGAGACUAUCAAAUGA